AUGGUGAACCUGAAUGAGUUUCAUGACGAUCUCAGCAAGCGGCUGAAGGCGGUGAACGACAGCCUUCGCCCGCUCGGGGCCUUACCGCCCCUCAAGCUCAGUGAUCCGGUUCUUGCAAGCACUCUUUGCCGGAACUUGAUGGACUCCUUCCGAGAAGGCCCCAUGGCGAAAAAGAUCACGCAGACGUGCGAGGAUCUUGCGGCGCUCCAGAAGCUGCAGUCGGAAGGAGGAGAGGACAAAAGCAAGGACGCGGGCUUCCAGGUGCCCUUGCCAGCAGUCCUAUCCUCGUUCGUGACCACGGCGAAGGAGACCUACAAGCGCUUCUGGCCGCCUGAGGCGCACGACAUGCUUCCGGCGAAGAUCCCCGAGCCAGAGGGUGUCCAAAGCGCAACUUUAGCAGUGCAGAGGUCUCGGGCCAAAACCGGGCACCAAGACGAGGAGCGAUCUCUGCCGCUGCGGCGAUCCCGCUCCGUCGAGGCCAGGCAGAAGACGCCAGGCGGCCGCAUGAAGCGUCAGGACAGCGAGACGGGACCAUCUGCCUUGCCGAACCAUCUGAAUCAGGUCACUGCAGCUUUUACUGCCGCUGUCGAAACCCGGAGCAGCCAGGUUACGACUCUGCAGCGCUGCGUGCAUGGCAUCUCGUUGUCGGUUAACUUUGAGGACGUCGGCUCGCUCAUCGCGUACGCUCUCCUGAGUGAGAAGGCUGCAGAGCAGAUGUCCUCCCAGUGGAGUGCACUGUGGGGGAAAUCCCAUUGCCCCCUAGCCGACGCUGGCACGGAAUGCUGUUUUCGCUCCUUUCCGAGCUGCCUUCCACGGAGAGCUCCCAGCGGCAGGCCCUCGCCUGUCUCGGGCCGCACCAGUGCUCCAGAGGCUCGCCCGACUCUGUCAGAUUCGGCCAUGGGGGUGCUCAAGGACAAGAAAUGGAAGAGGCCUCAGGACUUGCCGAAUGCGAUUCGCUAUGAUUGGGAGCAGGACAUGGACAAUGCCGGACUUCGGACCAUCCUCAACACUCCCGUGCUCAAAGAGCCUGUCAAGGUAGAUUUCGAAGACAAGCAGGCAAAGUACCACGUAGCCAUUCAUUUUGCUCCCCACUACCAUGCACUGCGCCAUUGGAUCUGUGGCGACGAUCUCAAUUUCGUCCGAUCCUUGCAGCACUGUAAUCCGAUUCAGACAUCUGGUGGGAAGUCUCGUGCCACAUUUCUGAUGUCCCACGACAAGCGGUUUCUCCUCAAAGCCAUCAACGAGUCGGAGUUCAAGAAGCUAAACAGCGAGGCCGAGAACCUCUUCUGGUACUUCGACAAGGUGCUUUUCGACAAGUGGCCCUCGGUGCUGACGCAGGUUAUCGGGCUGUUCUCUGUCUCGGCAAAGAAGGGAACGCAGAAUUACAAAGGCUAUUAUGUGGUGCAGCAGAACCUUCGAUAUAGCCUUCGUGGCACCUGGGCCUUCAUCUUCGAUCUCAAGGGCACUGGAAAAAAUCGCCGUGUCCAAGCCACGGAUCUCGGGGAGGAGCCGGAAGCCCAGGAGUCUCCAAGCGGCAGCAGGGCCCCUGAGGAUGAGAACACCGAGCGCGACAGGGCGGGGAAGGUGUUUUGGGACCAGAACUUUCGGGAGUGGACCAAAGGCAAGCCGCUGUGCCUUGUGCCGUCUGACCUUACAUACCUGGAAGCUGCGAUCUUCAACGACACCACGCUUCUUUCGACCCGGGAUUUGAUGGAUUACUCCCUGCUUUUGGCAGCGGUCCCCCCAGAGCCGGGGGCAACUGCGGGCCGCUUGAUCUUGGGCAUGAUCGACUAUCUCCGUGCGUUCACCAUUGACAAGAAGGUGGAAAGUGCCGUGAAGACUGCACUGGCGCCGACACCGUCGGAGCAGCCCACGAUCAUCGCUCCCAAGGACUAUGCCGCUCGCUUCAUGCGUGCAAUGAGCACCUACUUCGUGGCAGACUGCCCAGAGGCACGAGCUGUCCUUCUUCGUGGCGACGUGCUGCCAGAGCUGCAUGCGGCCAUUCGUGGGUCGGUGGAUGUGGCAGCGAUCAGCCGGCUGCUCCAGCUUUGCGGGCAGCGCAAGUGGCUGGACGAGGUCGUCGCGAUUCAGGCGGCCGUGCAAGACCUCGAACCCUCGGAGCUUGAGAUACCGGCCCCGGUAGUCAGUGGAUUCACCAACGCCGCUGCGAGGUGCCUGUCAGGCUUGCGCUUGCAGCGGGAUGCCCGGACAAGCAAAUGCGCUGAGGUCCUGGACCGAGCGCGCUUGCUGUGGCAAGUGUGGGCUGAACACUGGCAAGAAGGAGAAGCCUGUGUCGGCUUUGACACUGCCCUGGCUUCGGCUUUGCUCUUGUGUGAUGUCGUGCGGAGCCCGACUGCGCUGGUUUGGGCUGAGGAGAUCUGGGAGCAGGCGAAGGCUCAAGCGGUGCCGAGGACGGUAGACUUGUACCUCGCCAUGCUGAGCAUACUCGAGUGGCAUCGUAGAUACGACGCUGUGGACGGCAUGCUCCUUCAGGACAUGGUCGAGGACGGGCUGACGCCGAACGAGGAGGUUCUGGAGGGGCUCGUCGCGCUCGCCUCCAACCGCAAGGAUUGGGAGCGCACAGAUCUUCUGUGGAAUUUUCUCGUGUGCAGCCAUCACGUGCAACCCACGCCAUCAGAUGUGCACCUGCAUUCCGGAUGGAACCUGCAAUCGCUCUACCAGAAGAGCUACGCCGUACAUGCGGAAGCUCACUUGUUGGCUGGGCGCCCUGCCAGUGCUGCCGCCAUCGUAGAGGAUAUGCUAGACGCCGACGUUGGCCCAAUCACUCCUGACACGGUUGCUGCUUACAUGCAGAUGUUGAUCGUGAUUUGUCACUCCGAUCCGACAUCCUCGAACAUGGCACGCUUGAGAGCAGCGAUUGAACUCGCGGAAGGCCUCCACACCACCGGGCUGGCAGCCAAGGAGCUGAGCAAACUCAAGAAGGUUGCCGUGUUGCUGAUGGCGGACCCAUGUGCACUGCCCUUUCGCCAAGUACUGGUCUCGCGAGCAGCGCAGCGGAGUGUCAUGAAGGGCUGGCGCAAUGCGCGUGGCGGCAGCUGCUAUGCGCGUCUGUAA